GUUUGCAAUAGACGAUCGCCGUACUGAUCACGGUCCAAAACCCGUCCUCAAACACCGGUAAUCCGAUAAACGAGACAUCCUCCAGACAUCUCAAGUCGGGCCGAAACCGUUGUCAGGCCAUGAGGAUGGCCCGAGUUGGCCCAGCCCACAGCUUGAAGCCGGGCCAUGCACAUCACUAGCUCGGUGAUGGCUGCAACAUUAACUUGAAGCGAAGAUGUUGAGCAGAGUCUGGGGUCUUUUCAUUUUAAAUGACGUGAGGGCGUCCGGCCUUUUUUCGCUCAGGGUUCAAAGUCGUUCCAAGGAAUCGAGAAAGGUCCGAAUGACAACAGGUCACCAGAUACGCUAGUACCACUAUAGCAAGCUCCGCUCCCUUUGACAGCGUUCUUCGAAAUGGAAACGAAUAUCAGCAUCCGGUAUCAGCAUCACAGGACUGGUGAGCCGCAGAUAUAUAUACUUCAAGUUGACCUAGACUUUAAUGCAUCCUCCUCCUUCCAAUAUCUGGCAUUGGGCAGCAAGUAUUAUCUAACGAUGCUCGAUGAUGGACUUGGACUUUACUUGGCAAUAUCAGCCUUGGUAGUAGCUGUGUUAAGCUACUGUCGAAAAUAUAGACUCAAUCUUUCGCGUUCCCCGCUACCGCCUGGUCCUAUCCCCCUUCCAGUACUGGGAAAUGUUCUCAGUCUUGAUUCCGCUCGACCCUGGCUGACCUUCAAUGCCUGGAGAUCCACAUAUGGUGACAUUAUUUAUGCUCGUCUCCUUGGCAAGCCCAUCAUCGUCGUUAAUUCUGAGGAGGUCGCGAAAGACCUUUUUGAACGGCGUUCCAGCAUAUAUUCAGAUAGACCCCAGUCAAUCGUUUACGAAGCCUUCGCUUCAGAUUUUAACACGGGGUUCAUGCCAUAUGGAAACAGGUGGCGCCUUCACCGACGAAUCUUUCAUCAGGCAUUUCAUCAAACUGCUGUACCCGCUUAUCACGCUACGGUACUCCGCUCUGCCCACAAAAUGAUGUUCAGUCUUCUACGGGACCCUGAAAAUUAUCCAAACCAUCUUCAGAUGUUUAUUGUGACAUUCAUGCUGUCUAUAAUAUAUGACUGUGAAGCGAAAGCUAAGGACGAUCGUGUUGCUAACGCCAUUACAAGGUAUGGGAAACUCAUAGUCGAAGGUUUCGCACCAGCUGCUAUGACUCUAAUGGAAACAUUCCCUUUCCUUUUGCAGCUACCUAGCUGGUUUCCCGGUGCCACAUUCAAGCGAGCAUCACUCAAGUGUAUCCAGGCGGGCCAUGAUGUGAAGGAGAUACCCUUUCAAUAUGUCAAAGAGAGGAUGUCUGCCAAUGACAUGGGGCCGUGCUUGGUGGCUGAUGCUUUGAAUAGGACCAGUGAAGAGGACGACGUCACUAUAACUGCAAUUAAGGAGGCUGCUUCCGUUGCAUUCGUAGCGGCGACCGAUACGACCACUAACACAUUACUUGUGUUUCUUCUUGCUAUGGUGCUCAACCCAGAGGUGCAAGCAAAAGCGCAGGCGGAGAUCGAUCGAGUCGUUGGCAAGGAUAGACUCCCCAAUCUCGACGAUGGACCAGCGUUGCCUUACCUAGAAGCUAUUUUACGUGAAACACUCAGGUGGUACCCAGUGGUUCCAUUCGGCAUCCCACACGCAACAACAACCAGUGACAUCUACAAUGGCCAUUUCAUUCCUAAAGGCGUUGUUGUAUUUCCAAACGCAUGGGCAAUGACGCACGAUGCAACGAAAUACCCCAGUCCUGACGAAUUUAAACCGGAAAGAUUUUUCCAAGACGACGGAACUCUUAACAGCGAUACUAUGCGUUUAGGCUUCGGCUGGGGUCGCCGAAUUUGUGUGGGACGGCAUCUCGUGGACGCGUCACUCUGGAUCGCUAUGGCGAAUUUCCUGGCAUUUUUCUCGGCCCACAAAGCUCUUGAUGAACACGGCAUGGAGAUUCCGGUCGCUCCGAAGUUCACCACCGGUUUCACAGUUCGUCCGGAGACAUUUCCCUGUCGAAUUCUCCCACGAUUCCCCGACGUGUCUUUGAAGACACUGACGCGUUCGACUAACUUAGGAGAGAAAUUGUGAUUGUGGCAUGGUAGCGCAAUAGCUUUCUGGUUUGCCUUCUUUGUCUUUGUAACAUGAGAUUGCGGCCACGUUAUUUUGACCAAGUCUUAUAAUACCACGAUGUCUGUUAAAUUUGUUGAGUAUAACUAUAGCCCGUAUGCACUCUGAACAUGAACGACUGUCUUCCUCGU